AUGCAGAUAUUCUCGAAAUUUCUCCUUAGAAAUAUCAGGGUGGAUAGGGCCACUUCUAUCCAAGCCCAGCUUGAAGGUCCUAAGCCAGCUGCUAAGGGAAAGGGCAAACGUUUUAGUAAGCAUAAUACUAAAGGAAGGUGCUUCAGGGUUGCCCAAGAGGAUUCUGUGCCUCAUUGUGAGGGGAACCUGUUGAGGAUUUUCACCCAAACAAAUUAUGGUCAUGAAUGGCUUCAUGGAGUUGUCCUCUCUGCAUCGCCGCCGAAUGGACUUCGCGAGUAUACCUCCUUGAAAGUCUGGUGGGUGCCUGCACUAUAUGAGCAUUACCUAGAUAUAAUCGUGGUAACGGUAGACAAUGCCGAUUAUGACAUCUGUAAUGCUUUUGUUUGGGUGGUCCAAAGGUUCUUCAUGCAAGACUCAGAUCAGGAAGCUCUCAGAGAUCUCCGGGCACUCUUUGGAUCAAAUGAUCAAAGCACCAUUAAGAUCAAGGGCUGUUGA